CGCAAGGUGAUCACUCAAUUGCCAAGCAAGAGUGCGAAAAUGUAGUAUAAAAGGAUUCCAAUGCAUCGAUGGAAUCAUUCGUUGGUUCUAUCUCAACUGCGCUGAUAUUAAAAUGAGUAAGGUUUUGUUCCUUUUAGGACUGGCUAUUCUUGGAGUUCUUUCAGACGACUGGACUCCAUUGAAUCCCGAGGAAGUGGCCUAUCUGCAGGGAAGAUGCAUGGAGGAUCACUUUGGGGAUGAUUUCGAGCUAGUGAAACAGUGGAUCAAGUGGAAGCUUCCGGAGGCUAGCGAUAAGAAAACUUCGUGCUACGUGAAAUGCUUGGUCGAGAAAUUGGGAAUCUACGACGGGCAGAAGUUCCAGCCUGACCGCGUGGACCAGCAGUACAAGGCAUACAAGGACCACAACGGAGUGCUCGAGGCAAAAGCAAGUGCCAUCAAGGAUGCCAUCGGAAAACUUGCUCCAUCGGGGGCCGACUGUGAUGCAGUUGCAAAACCGUUCAUUCCAUUCAAUAACAAGAAUGAGGGAGAUUUGAGGAAAAUCUUCCUGGUUGAUUCUUAUGUCAGGCAUCGCGUUACAUGUGCUGAUUCGCAAAUCAAACCUAAAGGCAUCUCAAUCUUCCGAUUCUGCGGCAAGCAAUUCUACAAAGAUGGUGAAGCAGCUUACUGCAAGGUUAGACGGCAUGGUUUUUCGGACGAUCCCAAGUUUAUCCAGCACAGCAAUUGUACCACUCGUGGCAUGAGAUGGAUGAAGAAGAAUGGUGAAAUGGACGAAUCCGCCAUCCUCCGCGAUCUUCACCUGGUCAACGUGAACGACAAAGACGAUAAGGUGAAGGAAGCGUUGAAAAACUGCAAACCCAACGACGCAUCAAAGGCUCGGGACAACUACAAGUGCCUGUACGACGGGUUGGGUGAGCAGCUGUUCAUGAAGGUUCUGGAUUACGUCGAGGUGCGGUCCGAAAAUUACAACCACCGCUUGCGUAAGGCAACGGCCAAGUACGACGCCGCAGCGAUGCGAGCCAACGUCGAGUCGCUUGAUUCGGAUGCGCAGUGUCCCAAGCAGUGAUGAUGAUCGGGGAGAUGGGACUUUCCGAGAAAAAAUGGGGAAAAUUGGUUGCAACUGUUGUAUAAAAGGUCAAUAAAUAUGAUUCAUUUCACAUAAACAAGA